AUGAGCGAUCUCACCAACUACAAGCGCCUCGAGAAGGUUGGAGAGGGAACGUAUGGUGUCGUCUACAAGGCCGUAGACCUGCGGCAUGGGCAGCGCAUCGUGGCGCUCAAGAAGAUCCGGCUCGAAAGCGAGGACGAGGGCGUGCCCAGCACGGCGAUCCGCGAGAUCUCGUUGCUCAAGGAGCUCAAGGACGACAACAUCGUGCGUCUGUACGACAUCGUGCACUCGGACGCGCACAAACUGUACCUUGUGUUCGAGUUUCUAGAGCUGGAUCUCAAGCGCUACAUGGAGUCCGUGCCGAAAGACCAGCCCCUGGGCGACAAAAUCAUCAAAAAGUUCAUGAUGCAGCUGUGCAAGGGUAUCGCGUACUGCCACGCGCACCGCAUCAUCCACCGCGACCUCAAGCCGCAGAACCUGCUGAUCAACCGCAACGGCAACCUCAAGCUCGGCGACUUCGGCCUGGCGCGCGCGUUCGGCGUGCCGCUGCGCGCGUACACCCACGAGAUCGUCACGCUGUGGUACCGCGCGCCCGAGGUCCUGCUGGGCGGUAAGCAGUACUCCACGGGCGUCGACGUCUGGUCCAUCGGCUGCAUCUUCGCCGAAAUGUGCAACCGCAAGCCGCUGUUCAGCGGCGACAGCGAGAUCGACCAGAUCUUCAAGAUCUUCCGCCUGCUUGGCACCCCGAACGAGUCCGUCUGGCCGGACAUCGUCUACCUGCCCGAUUUCAAGCCCACGUUCCCCAAAUGGCAGCGCCGCGACCUGGCGCAGGUGGUUCCGUCGCUCAACGAGCACGGCCUGGACCUGCUGGACAAGCUGGUCACCUACGAUCCCAUCCACCGGAUCAGCGCGAAGCGCGCGGUCACGCACCCGUACUUUAAGGACGAAUAG